AUAACAGUGCAGCGUCAGUUAAACCAGCACAGCGUUCUAAAACCGUUAGGCGGACCAGCAGCUCACAGCCAAAACAACUUUAACUCCGUUAACGUUACACAGGCAGAAACUGUCACAGGUCGGCUAACACAGCUUUAUUAUACUGUCAGAAACAGCAGCAGUGGUGUUUGUUUAUAUUUAUCUCACUGCGUGUAAAGUUAAAAACACCAUGAACUCAAACGGUGGCUCUGGACAUUUUCCAAAACAAAGAAUGAUGGCCGGAAAUCAAGAUUCUGCCUUUCGACAGGUUACACCAAGAAAUGAGAUAUAUGCAAGGGGACAGCUGAAUGAACCUUCAUCCGAUAAUUUCAUGAUCAAGAUUGCAGAAGUAGUUGAUUCUCCUAUUCCUGUUCCAGUAUCCAACUACUACAGUGCUAAUGCAAGCCGGCUUUUUGGUUUCAACUCAGAGAGCAGCUUCCAGAGUUAUCAGAUGUUCAAUAUGUCCCCUUCAGCACCUCAGCACCCUACUACUGCCAUUUUUCAGUGCACUGCUCAAGAUAUAGAACGGGUUCAGCAGUACUACGUGCCAGCCCAAGCUCCUGCAAGUAACAUGUCAGCGUAUCAGAUCCAUUCACCCAGCUCCAGCCUACCACAGGGUGUAGUGAUGACCAGUCCACCCAGCUCCUUACACAGCCCACAACAUGUAGCAGAGGAAACCUCACACAAGAGGGAGCUCCGCCUACUGAAAAACAGGUUGGCAGCUAAAGCAUCUCGCCGCAAGAGGAGAGAGUAUGUACAGGACCUAGAGUCCCGCAUCGCAGAACUGGAGUUGGAGAACAUGAAUCUCACCAAUGAGAUCAACCAUCUGAAGAAAUCUCAUGCUGUAAAUCCAGUUAGGGCUGGUGCAGUGCUACAUCUAAUCUGAACACUUUCUGCCUCAUAGCUUUGCCUCCACAACUUUACUUCUGUUCUAAUGUAUUUCUGCAGAUUGUUAAAUAUCUAUAUUUGUGAGAAAAAAAAAAUAGAUAAGCACAAGGAUGCCUAUGCUUACUUACAAUUUUGGAUGAAAUUUCAUAUGGAUUGUUUCUAAAUUAUUAAUGUUUACAUUUAAAAUGCAUUUUUCAAACUUUAUGAAUAAAACUUUGUUAAUUAUUUGUAGGCAAUUUGAGAUAACUUGCAUGUAAUUGUAUUUGAAGUAAAGGUUGUCAUUAAACAUGUAUAUUGUAAAAAACAAUGUAUGAGUGUACCUGUACAAUGAAUUUGAACUCUGGGUAAAAUAUACAUAUUUUUGACAUUCA